GAAUACGAACAGCCACAUUGGAAACACACGCUUUGGAGGUCAUCGUCAACCAUGCUCAUCUUUCUAUUUGAAAUUUGAUUUUCUUUGAUCUCUCUGUCAAAAUGUUUCCUAUCUGCUGUUCGUACAAAAUUUUCGAGAAAAAAAUGUGACGAAUGAGUUUGGUACACAUAUCGCAAACUUUGGCGCCCCGCUGCCUGUGUUGUUGUUGGAGUAUCUUUGUUCUUGAACUCUUCGUUUGCUUGAAAAAGUUAAUUUUUCAAUUGAAAAUUUUUUCCCAUCAAAACCUCUGACAGGUUUCCACAAGUCCCAUGCCUUCAACCAUAGCUGGUAUGUCUGGUGGCAAGGGUAAAUCUGUCAACCUUCCAUGGGUGGAGAAAUACCGUCCAAACAAAUUGGAUGAGUUGAUAUCUCAUGACGAUAUUAUUAACACAAUCAACAGGUUCAUCAAAGAGGACCAAUUGCCACAUUUACUAUUCUAUGGACCACCUGGUACGGGAAAGACAUCAACCAUUCUUGCUUGUGCCAAACAACUUUACACACCCGCCCAAUUUUCAUCGAUGGUGUUGGAGUUGAAUGCUUCAGAUGACAGAGGUAUUGGUAUUGUGCGGGGACAGAUUUUGAGCUUCGCUAGUACUCGAACCAUAUUCAAUAAAGGCUUCAAAUUAAUCAUUCUUGAUGAAGCUGAUGCCAUGACAAAUGAUGCCCAAAAUGCACUUAGAAGAAUCAUUGAAAAGUUUACAGAUAAUGUGCGUUUCUGUAUCAUUUGUAACUACCUCAGUAAAAUUAUACCUGCUCUUCAGUCAAGAUGUACCAGAUUCCGAUUUGGGCCUCUUGACUCAAACCAAAUUCUCCCAAGACUCCAGCAUGUUGUGGAUGAAGAAAAGGUCAACAUAACUGAAGAUGGUGCAAAGGCCCUCAUUACUCUGGGUCAGGGUGAUAUGCGCAAGGUUUUGAAUGUUCUGCAAAGCACUCACAUGGCUUAUGGUGAGGUAACCGAGGACAAUGUUUACACAUGUGUCGGUCAUCCCCUUAAAAGUGACAUAACCAAUAUUGUUAAAUGGCUUUUGAAUGAUAACUUCACCUCCACUUUUAAAAAAAUUACUGAGCUCAAACUGGCAAAAGGCUUGGCCUUGCAUGACAUUUUGACUGAAGUUCAUGUUUAUGUUCACCGUAUUGAGCUCCCCUCAGAUGUUCUUGUUCAUUUGUUGAUUAAGAUGUCUGAUAUUGAAAGAAGGCUUGUGUCUGGAACUAGUGAGGACAUUCAGCUGAGCAGUCUUAUAGCUGCUUUUCAACCAGCUCGAGAAAUCAGCACUGAAGACUAGGGUGUUGUCAUGAGUGAACCUUUUCAUGGUAUGUAUGUCCUUUUUGAUGCAGUGGAAAAGAAGGCAGGUGACUUAAAAUGUUUUGUUAACAAGGUGUUUCUGAAAAUCUUCUUUAUUGGAUCACUCAAUAUAAACAGUGCUUACAAUUUUUUUUUAAGGGUGAUAAUAAUUUUUAGUGUUGAUUUGUCAUCACCAAACAGAGUUGGUAAUUGAAAUUCAUGUGCAACUUUUUCCUAUUUUUUAAGAUACUAGAAUAUUUUUGUCCUCCUCACGUUAAAGUUUUUUAUUCAUACAUUCGGCAAAAUCCUUCUCACCUCGCCUUUAACCAUCAAACCAUUGCAUGUCAUGGUCAAAAAUAUUCGUAAAUGUCAACAGUAGCUAAACAAUUAGAGGCCACAACGGAUAGCUAAUUUGUGUCCUUGUACUUUGUUUAUUAGCAUGUUAUUUUCUACCUAUACCUAUUCAAAUAAUUCAAAACCAAAAGAUGGGCGUUACUUUCAGGAAAUCCAUCACUAAAUUUGUUUAUCUACUGUCAUAUGAGCCCUGCAGCCAGAAAAUUCUUGAAAUGUUUCUUCCAAUUUCCACACUGACUGUGUCAUUGGUGCCCUAAAUUCAAACAGUUCCUUACAUGCUACUAAAAGCUACACAGUUAACAGAAAAUGCAUUUGACAACUAAUAUACCUAAAUUUUAGUUGGGACUUUUCUCUUUUCUUUCAGUAACUAGUGUCGGUUUUGAAGGUAAAAUCUAACAUCACCUCACUACAAUAGGUUCACUGCACCCUUUCUUUCCUCUUAAUUUCUUUUUCAAAAAAUGAUAUCACUCUGUAUAAUUGGCAGGGUGAACAAAUAGAAAUGAUUCAAAACCUUGGAAAAUAGCACUUAGAUGUAUCACAAAAAUAGUCAUAAUUUAGGUCCAAUAUUUAUCUUUAGCAACUCACAUUUUUUGGUUCAAUAGUAUUAUGAAUAACUUAUUUACAAAAAAAAAGGAAUUGGACAUUAUACCUUCCUGGUUUAGAGUAGGACAAUAAAGGAAUGUAACAUCACCAAAGAAUUUAGUUUACUAACACUCAAUGGCAUCAAACUAACUACGUUGUGCUAACUUCAAAUUAAUUUUACCUUGUUUUGUAAAGGCUCACGAAAUGUUCUUCGAUCAGGAACAUGAGAAAUCAUAUUUGAAUCCAAGCAAAUUUAAUUGCUGCAAAGCUAACUGAUAAAUCAUGAGAAAUUAUUUAAUGUGGAAAUGAAUUGAACUAUAAAACCAUAGAUCAAAUUCAAGUUCAGUUGUGCUUAUCAAGGGUUCAUUCACUCUCAGACACUGUCUGUGUGUCCCUCCCUUUCUCUCUAAUGCUCUCUUAAAAUAACAAGAAAAAUGUGCAUUUUGACAGAUAAAUUCACAGUUCCCUCACAUCUCUUCCGCAAUUCUUUACCAGAGUGCAUAAUCCUAUAAUCUUAAAACCUUAAG